AUCCGUCUUCUGGACUCCUCUGCAGCCAGACAUGAGCCUGGAGACUGCACAGGAGAAGAGAGCCUGAGGUUCUCCUGGUGAAAAAGGACAAGGCGAGACCCUGAGCCAGAUCUGCAGCUUUGAUCCCGAGAUGGCUGUGGAGGAUCUCCGGGCUUCCAGCACCCCUUUCUCGCUCUCCUUUUCGGGCAGCGGCUUCCUGGCCCUCUACCAGGUUGGGGUGGUGCAGUCCCUGCUGGAGUUGGCUCCCGACCUCCUCAGGUCUGCCUGCAAGGUGUACGGCUCCUCGGCCGGCUCGCUGAUCGCCGCCGCCGUCGUCUGCGGCGUCGGCCUCGAUGACCUGAAGGAGUUUUUCUUUGCAUUGGCAACAGAAGUCAGGAAAACCAUCCUGGGCCCCCUGUCUCCCAAGUGCAGCUUGCUGGCCAACCUCAAGGCUGUCCUGCAGCGGAUGCUGCCAGAGGACUCCUACCUGCUGGCCUCGGGGCGGCUGCACAUCUCACUGACACGGGUGGUGGACGGCCAGAACGUCAUGGCCUCGGAGUUCAGCUCCAAGGACGAGCUCAUUCAGGCUCUCCUCUGCAGCUGCUUUCUUCCAAUUUAUUGUGGAUUCAUCCCUCCAUCCUACCGAGGAGUGCGCUAUGUGGACGGAGGUUUCACGGGCCUGCAGCCCGUGUCCAGCCUGGAGGAGCCCGUGAUCACCGUGUCCCCGUUCACCGGCGAGCUUGACAUCUGCCCCCGCGACUGCCCCGCCAUCUUCUUCUGCUUCCAGAUCUUCAACGGCAGCAUCCAGAUCUCCAUAGAGAACCUGUGCAGGAUAAGCUACGCUCUCUUUCCACCCAGCACCAUGGUCUUGAAUGACAUUUUCUCCCAGGGGUACCAGGACACUGCCCUUUUCCUGUACAGGAACAAUGCCUUUGGCUUUAACUACUUCGAUGGUAAUUUCCGCUUUGGCAGCACCUGUGGCAAGAAUGACUCUGGAAAAUCCAAUGGGACACACCCUGGCCUGUACAAAAGGGUCCCUCAGUGCCUGACCCCUUACUUCCUGCCAGGCUUGUGGAAGAAGGAGCAGGUGAAUGGACUGCAGGACCCACUGGCCAAGGUCCUGCUGCAGCCCUACAGGCUCCCAGCCUUGUUCAGGGAGGGGGUGAAGAAGGUGUGGGGGCUGCUGGAAGGUUUCAGCUCCCUGGUACGGCGACUCCACAAGCUCCUCCAAACCCUGGUGCCUGGUUUGCCCAAGACAGCCAUGGACAGGAGGAGAGAGAUUCCUCAGAGAGAGAGAGAGAAGCCUUAAGGAGCAUCAUACUGGGCAGGAACUAAUUUUUCUCCAGUCCCCUGAAGUUUUUUUACCAAUUAUCAAUUCUUGAGCUUCACACCUGCUCAACAGCCCUGCUUCUCCUGCCUGUGGGAGUGCAUUUGGAUCCCCCUGGAACUUGCAGUUGUGCAGAAGGAUGGAGGAACCUAAAGAUCUACUUCCAAGUCCUGCAGGCUGCAUCUCCUGACCUGUCACAAAUACAUGAGUUCUUCUGCAAUUGUCGGUAACUCAUGGCCACACACAGAGCAAGGCCCAGGCAAAGGCGCCCUGUGUCUGCACACAGAAUUAAUUGGCAGUGCUCUCAAUUAUCUCAAAUCCGUGCUGCAUAUCAGAGCCUGUGGAUUGGCUUUGCCUUCCCUGUUUGUUGGUUCCCAACAGGCAACAAAUGGAUCCCAACAGCAGCAGCAGUUAAUUAGAGUAAAUAGCCUGUUUAAUUGCACAAAGGGAAAUGGAACAGAGGGAAGUUUCAUCCAAAGGGCCAUGAAGACUGCAGGAAUGAAUGUGGGAAGCAGCUGAAGGGAGCUUUGAUAUAACAAGUCUCAAAGUUACCUAGGAGUGCUGUGUGAAAGAACAAAAUCCUGUGUUUAGCCAUCUUUGGUUCAAAUCAGUGACCUGGGAUACUUUUUCUGAAAUGAGUUUUCUAAAAGAAACCUGGAUGCUUCUUUUAUGGAAUCAUGAAAUGCUUUGGGUUAAAAGGGAUCACCUUAAAGAUCACCUUGUUCCACCCC